AUGUCAAACAAAUUUCAUUGUGAUGUUUGUUCUUCUGACGUUACUAAUAGAGUAAGGAUAUCAUGUGCAGAGUGCGAAGGUUACGACUUGUGCAUCUCGUGCUUCUCAAAUGGUGCAUCCACUGGGUCUCAUAAACCUUAUCACAAAUAUAGAGUUAUAGAACAACAUUGCUACCCGAUAUAUGAUGAUGAUUGGGGUGCAGAUGAAGAAUUGUUAUUGAUUGAAGGUGCUCAGCAGUAUGGAAUAGGGAAUUGGCAAGGAAUUGCUGACCAUAUAGGUUUUUCCAGAUCAAAGGAAGAAGUCGAAAAUCAUUAUCACAAAGUAUAUUUGGAUUCUAAAAAUUUUCCGUUUCCAGAUUCAAGUCUCGAUGAGAUAGAUAGUGAAAACAAAAGCACUAAAGAAAAUAAAGAUGAUUUAAGAAAAAAUGCUGGACAUAUACCCAAAAUCACUCCCCAAAUAUUUGCACAAAAUAGGAAAAAACGAAUUGAGAAAAAGAGAAAUACUCCAUUACCUCCACCAAAAACAAAACCCAUAGCAUCAACUCCACUUUGUCAUGAAAUUCAAGGCUACAUGCCUGGCAGAUUAGAAUUUGAAACCGAAUAUGAAAAUGAUGCUGAGGUUCCUGUUAAAGAUAUGACUUUUGAUCCAGAUGAUCAGCCUGGUGACAUUGAUUUAAAAUUAUCGAUUUUGCAUAUUUACAAUUCAAGAUUGACUCUUAGAGCUGAAAGAAAAAAAAUAAUGAUAAGAAAUAAUUUAUUGGAAUACAAGAAAAAUCUUUCGAUCGAAAAAAAAAAAACCAAAGAAGAAAGAGAACUAUUUAACAAAAUUAAACCUUUCAUACGGAUCAUGACUCCAGAAGAUUUUCAAAAAUUUUCAAAUGAUAUUUUAUUGGAAUCUCAAAUUAGAAAUAAAAUUUCUCAAUUGCAAAAUUGGAGAAAUGCUGGCUUAACCACAAUUGAAAGUGGGUUUAAAUAUGAAAAGGAUAAAUCUUCAAAGUCAACUGUAUCCCAAAGGUAUAACUUAUCAUCAAGACAUUCAAGAAAUGCAAACUAUAAUUCCUCGAGUCAUUUAGAUUUCCUUUCAUCAACCUUAACUUCUAAUGCAAACUCUUUAUAUUCAAACUUAUCUAACCCAUUGAUUCCAAAUAGCUCAUUGUCAAAUUCAAAUAACUCAAAUAUAAACUCCUCCAGCUUAAAUUUGGCAUUAAAUUCAAGUCCAAAUUUGGGUAUAAACUCUAGUUCAAACCCAAAUGCGUCAACACGAAAAAAUGUGCAGGCUCCUUUAGAUAUUUCCAAUGCAACCGAUGUUCACUUGUUGUCUAUGGACGAACAGAAACUUUGCUCGUCUUUGAGAAUCCUACCAAAGCCAUACAUGGCUAUAAAGGAAACACUAUUCAGAGAAAUCUUGAGAACUGGAGGCAUACUCAAGAAGAGAACUGCUAGAGAAUUGUUGAAGAUAGAUGUGAAUAAAACUUCCAAAAUAUACGAGUUUUUCUUGCAACAACGUUGGCUAAAGCAGAACUAG